AUGGGGAUAAUUAACGGUACGGGAAGCUAUUAUUACGGUAUCGGGGCAGGGAGGGGUAAUCGACCUGUUGCUACAGGCGGAUCGGCUGGUAACGGGGAUGACGCGCCGCAUCGGCGCGCUCUGAGUGUGGAUUUCCACCCGCCGCCUGUUUUCAUGCACUCCCCGCGCACGCCGCCUUUCGGCGCGGACGGCGGAGAUUGCCCCUCCCCGCUCUUUUCCCCGCAUCUCUCCCCGCGCAUGUCCCCCGCGCAUUCCCCUACGCGCGCGCACCCCCAUCCUUGGGCGGCCAGCCCGCGCGAAGCUUCCUCGUCCGCCCAGGAAGCUUCCGCGUGCUAUCGCGCAGAGGAGGGAGCGUUGGACGAACCUUCCGGCUUGCAGGAGGAUGAGUCCCCAGGGCAGUUCGCUACGGCUCUGAGCGUCCCUGCGGGUUUGGAGUGCGGUGCAGGGGAGUUCAGUCCGGUGACGAGGUCUCCCAAACCCCCGAGGUCCCCGUUUUCGAGUGACGCGGCUGCUGGGAUGUCUGUGUGUUUGCCUGAAAGGCCUGCAAUGGCUGAAAGGGUUGCAGCGGCGACUAAUGGGAAUGCUGUGGGUAGUGGAAGUGGCGCCCUUCCUCCUCCUGCCCCUUAUGCUGCUCCCCCUGCUCCUUCUGCUGCUCCUUCUGCUGCUCCUACUGCUCCUCCUGCCGUCUUGUGUGGCAGCGCCAGUGCUGACGCGGCUGGCCCAUGCAUUCCCCUUCACUCUUCUGCUCCUGCUCUUGCUCCCCUUGCUCCUCGUCCUGCUUUUCCUGCUCCUCCUGCUCUUCCUCCUGCUCCUGCUGCUCUUCCUCCUGCUCCUGCCGCUGCAUUCAAUCUGCAUGGGCAGCAGCUGAAGAGGAAAACGGAUUCUGCAGAGGCAGACGACUGCGGUGGCAUUGGCAGCGGUGGCAUGGGCAGCAGUAGCAUGGGCGGCGGCGGCAUGGGCGGCGGCGGCAUGGGCGGCGGCAUGGGCGGCGGCAUGGGCGGCGGCAUGGGCGGUGGGUUUCACCGGCGAUAUGCGAGCGCAGGUGUUGGAAUCACCACCAGCGGCUGCAUCGGCAGCAGCGGUGGCAGCAGCAGCAGCAGCGGGAGCAACGGCAGCGGCAGCAGCAGCAGCAUGCAGAUGGUUCCUCCAGGAAUGCAAGCUUCCCAUCACGCCCCUCUCCACUCUGCUGCUCUUGCUGCCGGUUCCUCGCCUGCCCUCCCCUCCACCGCUCACCACUCCUCAGCCGCUGCUACUGCUACUGGUAGUCCUGUUACCCACGCCCACUCACAGCAGUUCUUCAAGACCCUUAGCACGUAUAUCAGCCGAGGGCUUACAGGGGAGAUGGGGGAGGGCGCAGAGGGAGAGGGUGUGGGGGGAAGAGAGGGUGGGGUGGGUAGUGGGUGGCAAGGUGGGGCGGCGACAGGGGCGGCAGGGGCGGCGGAGGUGGAUUCUGGGAAUGUGAGCUUCAAGGAUUUUAUUCUGCGCAUGCCGUACGACAACGUGAAGAGAUUUUAUUCUGUGAGCGCCGCCCGGAUCGGGAGCGGGCGGUACGGCGUGAUUCGGCCGUGCACGCACCGAGCGACGGGGGUGAAGAUGGCGAUAAAGACGAUCAAGAAGGAACACAUGAAGUGCAAGGAGGAUGUGGAGGAUGUGCGAACAGAGGUGAUCAUUCUGGGCCUGCUGCGCGACCACCCGUGCAUCAUCAACCUGCAUGACGCCUUUGAGGACGACAAGUACGUGCAUCUGAUCAUGGAGCUGUGUGAAGGGGGGGACCUGUUCGACCGCAUCAAGCAGCGGGGGCAGUUCCCCGAGAGGGAUGCCGCCCUGCUGUGCCGCGGGCUGGCCGAGGCGCUGCUGCAGUGCGGGCGGCAAGGCGUGCUGCACCGCGAUGUGAAGCCGGAGAACAUUCUGCUACGGUCCAAAGAAUGCCACACGCGGAUCAAGUUGAUUGACUUCGGUGUAGCGGCCCUACACACGCCAGGUACCCUAAGAACCGACCGGGCGGGGACAGUGGAGUAUACCGCACCAGAGGUGCUGGACCGAGCCUACGGCCCCGAAGCUGACAUCUGGAGCGCCGGAGUGGUACUGUACAUUCUGCUCUGCGGUUUCCCGCCCUUUUGGGCGGCGACUGACGCUGACCUGGAGCGCAAGAUCCGGAUGGCGCAUGUGGAUUUCCGGCACCCGAGAUGGGCGGCGAUCUCGGGCGGCGCCAAAGAUUUGAUUCUGCGGAUGCUGGAGAAGGAUCCGAGGAAGAGGAUAACUGCCCUGGAGAUUUUUGCUCAUCCCUGGAUCAGGGCAGCGGAAGCAGCUGAAAGUCAACACUGA